AUGCUUUGUUCAGCACCUACAUCUGUCUUUCGGUCAGUCGUUCGGUCUCCUCGGCUUGGUCUAGGUGUCUGGAGGCAGGGGGUUCCGUCAGUUUCGCGGAGAUGUCUUCUUACACUGGCCAUCGAGUCAUCAUGUGACGAUACAUCCGUGGCUAUUCUCGAGAAAGAGAAGAAUGCAACCAAGAUCCAUUUCCUAGAAAACGUGACGGCCGACACGCGAGAAUACGGCGGCAUCCACCCGAUCGUUGCUCUCGAAUCGCACCAUGAAAGCAUGUCCAAGCUGGUCAACAAGGCACUGCACCAUCUUCCCCUGAUAACUGGGGGUAAUAGCGAUGGUGGUGGCGGUCAGAUUACCCUCGCAGGCGAGAGCCAACCGCGGCGGAAACCAGACCUUGUCGCUGCGACCAGAGGACCAGGCAUGCGGUCGAAUCUCACUAUCGGGCUGGAAACGGGCAAAGCGCUGUCAGUGGCAUGGCAGGUGCCAUUUGUCGGGGUGCAUCAUAUGCAGGCACAUCUUUUGACACCACGACUCGUCGCAUCGUUGGAGGGCGGUGAUGGUCCUACCCAACCGAAGUUCCCUUUCCUGUCAAUUCUAGUCUCGGGGGGACAUUCCAUCCUGGUCAGGUCGACUUCGAUCGUGGGACACCAGAUUAUGGCCGAGAGUAGCGACAUCGCCAUCGGGGAAGCGCUCGACAAAACGGCGCGGGAAGUCCUUCCGCCUUCUCUGCUGGAAAACGCCAAGAAUACAAUGUACGGCAAGAUGCUGGAGCAAUUCGCCUUUCCCAAUGGCGCUGCAGACUACACCGACUACCGGCCCCCACGAACACGCGGGGAAGAGUUCAUCAAGAAGGAGACACCCUGGGGGUGGGCCCUUGGCACCCCCUUUGCCAACACGCGAACCCUAGAGUUCAGCUUUGCGUCUGUCGCGAGCCGGGCGAAAUCCCUGAUUGUGGCGAAGACCAAAGCCGGGGUAGACGUCUCUCUUGAAGAACGGAGAGCGCUUGCCCGCGAAUCGAUGCGUGUGGCCUUCGAGCACCUCGCUUCCCGGACGAUCAUUGCCCUAGAGACGCUCCGUCAGGACGCAAGCUCAGAUAAGAUCAACACCCUCGUCGUUAGUGGCGGCGUCGCCGCCAACCGGUUCCUGAUGACCGUGCUGCGCGGGUUCCUCGACGUCCGCGGCUUCGACCAUGUGAGACUCGUCGCGCCCCCGCCCCGCCUCUGCACCGACAACGCCGCCAUGAUCGGCUGGGCGGGGAUCGAGAUGUUCGAGGCUGGCUGGCACACUGAUCUCGGGACCCAGCCGGUGCGGAAGUGGGCGCUCGACGCGCAGGCGGACGAUGGUGGCAUUCUCGGUGUGGGAGGUUGGAUUAGAAAGAUGUAG